AUGUCUCUAAAACACAGCAAACAUUGGAGCCACACACACACCGACUACAGCUACAGGCCCCACAACUUGCCCCUGACUGACAACUGUGGGAAAAGAUCCAUCAGGACAUUUGUGGACUUCAGGCACACAAACAUGCCUGAAGGUCUGGACAUAAAAGGUUUCCCACUGUUGUGUUUAAUCAACUUGACAUGUGUCUCGAAAGUCAAAGUAGUUAGCUUCCUUUUGGGCUUGGUGCUGACGUUUCUCAUCAUGGCUUCGUACCUCCUGAUGUGGGACAGAAAAGGACUUCUGCUCUCUGCCUUCCCCCAUCCUUUCAGACCCAUGGUUAUCAUGACCAGUGCAACAACUGCUGAAGAUUCUCUUGACAGGGGCUUUAUAGAUUUGAAAACCCUGGUAAAGAUGAUCAACUCUAAUGAGCAGAAUACAUCCAGGAAGGUACCUGACAAAAAGGACGUCAUCAACACAGACCCACGUUUCUUUUCAGUGAUUCCUCGCCAUUUCCUGCCCCACAUCAAGAGCCCAUGCUGGUACGAGGAGCUCUCUGGUGAUAUUGGCACGGACCCGUACAAGAACAACCGCUUCAGUCUCCGCUCCAAGAGUUUCAAGAACGUGUGUGACCACAUGAGAGCCAGAUUCCACCAGAAUGUGUGCGACAUCGACGGGAAACGCUUUCGCCUGCGCUGCUUGCCGUACUUUUACAUCAUCGGUCAGCCAAAGUGUGGCACGACAGACUUGUUUCACAGACUCUUGAUGCUUCCAGAGCUUAAAUUUAACACCAUAAAGGAGCCACACUGGUGGACCAGGAAACGCUUUGGUUAUAUCCGUUUCAAAAAAGGCUUCCAGGAGCGUUUUCCGAUAGAGGAUUACCUGGAUCUGUUUGACUUGGCAGCCAUCAACAUCCAAGUAGGAAUCAGUGGAAAUUCAUCUGGAGAGCACCGUGCAAAUGAGAUCAUAACAGGGGAAGCCAGCGCAUCGACUUUGUGGGACAAUCAAGCCUGGAGUUAUCUCCACGGAAACGAGGAGCAGACAGAACCUCUGUUCCUAGCUCAAGACUUCAUCCAUGCAGUCCAGCCUGGCGCCAACAUCAUCAUAAUGCUUAGGGAUCCAGUUGAGAGGCUUUACUCCGACUACUUGUACUUUACCUUGGCCAAUAAGUCUGCAGAGGAUUUUCAUCAGAAGGUGGUUGAGUGUGUCCAGUUGUUUCAGUCCUGUCUCUCUGAGAGGUCAUUGCGAUCAUGCGUCUACAACACCAGCCUUUUCAACGCCAUGCCGGUGAGACUCACACUGGGAAUGUACUUUGUUUUUGUCCUGGACUGGCUGACUAUUUUCCAAAGAGAGCAGAUUCUAGUUCUUCGACUGGAGGACUACGCAGCCAACCUCAGAAAAACUCUCAAGACAGUGUUGGAUUUUCUCGGCGUGGGCCCGCUGUCAGAGCAAGUGGAGGCAUCGCUGACCAAACGUCCAAUGUCCAAUACGCGCCGGGCGAAAGACAGGAUCCUUGGUCCCAUGCUGCCAGCAACCAGGAACCUCCUCAGUCAGUUUUAUCAGCCAUUUAACAGUAAACUGGCCAGCAUUUUGAACAAAAAGGCUUUUCUCUGGAGUUACAGCUGAAGCAGCCUGAGCAGGAAUGAAAUCGAAUGGAGUUGAAAGAUCAGAGAGAAAUGUGACAGCAGACUGCAAUAAAACGCCUGAAGUGAAUCUAGAAUGAAAGAACUGAUGCUCAUGGCUCUUUGAAGGGACACUUCAAGUCAAUAUGAAGAUGAAGUAAACAAACUAAUUUCACAAAGUGCAUUCUUGGAGUCCAUGCAACAACAUGCCUGAAUAGUUUCCACCUAAUUUAUAACUGAGAAGAAUGAGUCAAGUGCUGUAAUAGUUUGUUUUGAACAUGUACAAAUAAACGGAAUUUGUUUUGUUUUGUUUAUUUCUGUCACAUUUGGUUUUAGGUUUGAAAACCUAACAUCAAAAUACACUUCAGGGGAUUGUAAUUAAAAAAAAUAUGAUUUUCA